AGAUUCUCCGCACCACGCACCUCUCCUCCUCAUCACCUUCGAAAUCCCAUUUUAUUUAUAACCUCGAGAAGGUGAGAAGAGAACCGAAACAACAACACCAAUGGCGUCACGAAGCAAGAGCUUAGCGACACUUCUCUUCUCAGUCUCCGCCGGCAUCUCUAAUCGAUCAGCAGAUCGUAUCGCGAGCACCGCGGGGGCAUUGCUCAGCCGUCGGAUCUCAUCUGCUACGUCUUCCGCUGCUGUUGUGGCGGAGGAUGAAGAAUCGGGAGGGAUCUAUGGAUUGGGAGGUGUGUUGAAGGAGUAUGAUGAUUAUCGGAGAUCUCUAUACGGUGAGUUCACUCACAAGGCGUUGCUCGUUGAUGCCGUUGGUACUCUCCUCGUUCCCGCGCAACCUACGGCUCAGAUAUACAAGAACAUUGGAGAGAAGUAUGGAGUUGUGUACUCGGAGGCUGAGAUACUUACUAGAUACAGAAGAGCUUAUCAGAAACCAUGGGGUCAAUCUCAUCUCAGAUACGUGAACGACGCAAGACCUUUUUGGCAAUAUAUAGUGACUGCAUCAACAGGCUGCUCAAAUUCUCAAUACUUUGAAGAGCUUUACGAUUAUUUUACUACAGAACAGGCGUGGAAACUAUGUGAUCCAGAGGCAGAGAAAGUGUUCAAGGCUAUAAAAGAAGCGGGUGUAAAAGUUGCCAUUGUGUCCAACUUCGACACUCGAUUAAGACCUCUCCUACGAGCACUGAGAUGUGAAGACUGGUUUGAUGCUGUGGCUGUUUCAGCAGAAGUUGAAGCGGAGAAGCCAAACCCGACCAUCUUCUUGAAAGCUUGUGAGUUAUUAGGAGUGAAUCCUGAGGAUGCGGUUCAUGUAGGAGAUGACCGUAGGAAUGAUUUAUGGGGGGCUAGAGACGCAGGCUGUGACGCUUGGCUCUGGGGAAGUGAAGUUACUUCUUUUAAACAGGUAAUACGAAUCUCUAUGGUUCCAUCAAGCCUCACAAGAGUUUACAACUAUUUGGAAUCUUAAUAUGAAUGUUCUCCAGGUUGCUCAACGGAUAGGAGUCAAGGUCUGAAGCAAAAGGAUAUGAGAGAAAUGGUUCAGACAUGAUCAGGCUUCAGUUUUAGCUCCUUGUUUUUUUCUUUGUGAGCAGCUUUGUAUAUUUGGUUUAUCUUUUGUAGUAUGUUGUGUGUGUGAUAUAUGUUGCAGCUUAUGUAAAAAACAGAAAUAAAUGUAUAUUAAGAGAUCAAUAAAGCUUCAUGAUCGUUAUG